CCAUGUUUCCUAAAAAAAUAUGUCGGAACAGAGGUUAUGUUUAGAAGUGUAGUAGCGCCAGCUAGAUUUCAGUCUCUAAAUUUAAGCGACUUAUUGUCUUAUGAAUUAACUUCGGUUCCGUUGUGCUUAUUUGACGAAGACGAAAGUAUGCGAAAAACAGCUAAGACUGAUUUAGUAUCAAAAUUUGAACCAUAUGGGAGCUCUUGCUUUACCUUAAAUUGUGAAUUCACUUAUAAUAGAUGGUAUGGUACUUAUUCAAGGGCUUAAUGAGAAAGCGUUCUCCACUUUUAAGGAACUUCCAUUUAGGUUUUUAAAGCAAAUUCUUUCACUUAGCCGAAAGUAUGAAGCACUAAGGAUAACGGUGGUUUUUGAUAAAUAUGAUGAAUCGGUCAAGUCAUUGGAAAGACAUAGAAGAGGUGAUUUCACAGAUGCGUAUACACAUGAAGUUUCUGGAAAUAGAAAAGUGGUGAAGUUCAGGAAUUUUUUAAGAUUGUCAGAAAAUGAACGAUGCCUAUUAAAAUUUGUGAGCGCUUACCUUCUGGAACAUUCAGCUGAUCACUUACAAAUAGAAGAAACUCUAAUCAUGGCUGGUGGUUUUGAAAAUCCAGUGUUAUGCUUUUCUGUUAACAAGGAUGGUAUAAUCAAAUUGAACGAUUUGAAAUCGAAUCAUGAUGAGGCUGAUACGCGAGUUAUACUCCCUGUUUUAUAUGAAUAUCAGAUACUUGACAACAAAUAA